ACCCGCCCCGACCCGCAACCGCAAACGAAACCCUCUCCAGGAUCCCGCGAAGCGAAACCCCUCCUCUCUCUCCCUCUCGCUCUCCCGCCGCGCCCACAAAUCCGAUCGGCGGCCGCCCGCCGGCGCCCAAUCCGAGCGGCCGGAGCUCGAUUCGAGCCACCCCCGCGAGGAAUCCGAGGGAUUCGUGGCGGAUUUCCCCCCCAGGAUGAUGGCGGGGGGCUUCAUGGGGAAGAGGAAGGAGCUGGAGCAGGUGGUCGACGGCCUCUUCGACUUCUCCCUCUCCGGCCCCGCCGCCAAGAGCCGCAGGCUGGACCCUGGUCUAGCACCUAUUUUGGAAGAACCACCUGCUCAUUCAGUCCAAUAUCAACAUGAGAUGCUGGGAGAGGAAACCAGUAGUGGUGUUACAGUGCCCAUUAUGGAAGGCAUGGUACAAGACGCCAUGCCAUGUCAUCUGUCUAGUGAGGACAUGUCACUUGUUUUAUACAAACCAGUAAAUAAACCUGCCCUCUUAGGUCUCAGUAUCGCAAAUCCUUCAAUCAUAGUCAGUUCAGACUUGAUACGUAGUCUAAAGAAUCAACCUUUCAAUCAAGGGAAUUGUCAUGGGCUGGAGGACAAUUCUCCUGAGCGCAGCAAUUGCUUGGCAUUGGUUCCUUGGGCGCCACAGCGGAUUGCUAUGACAUCUAAUUGGUCAACUUCCCCACCAGAAAACACAGAAAUGCUUGAAGAGCCAAUGGAUGCUGAUGAGACAGAAGUUACUUCUAUGGACUUCGAGGAAGCGCCUCAAGCAACUCCUGGGGGAAUCGAUGCCACCAACCUUCACCAGUGGCACCAGCACUGUAUGACCCCACCAUCGCUGCCGAACCCAUCAGCGCCUGUUAUGUGGUCAUGGUGACAAUCUGGCGACAUUGCUUCCUAACUGCACGUUCCUCACACGAAGGAUUGAGAAAUCCUAUAGUUGGCCUCCACCCGGUGUGGCUGGUUGUUUUAGAUGGUCUGAGAAAGGGUUGCUAUGUGCAUAAUAGCUCCUCCUAGCGUAGCGCUGUUCUUCAGCAGUAAUGGUAGCAAACUUGUGUGUUAGAAACAUCCCCGUUACAGUUAUGUCAGUGGACUUUUGUGUUAGAAACGACCACGUUACCAUUUCUUUACCGUUGACAUUUAUGUACACAUCUAUCUUCAUGCAAUGCAAUUGAGGUCAAGAUACUGUCAAGGAA